CCAUUCAUUUCCCUCUCACACACAGUCGCAUCCCAGCAGCGAGCCCUCCCCUCCUGUUUCUCUCCGCCUGGAAAGAUGGCUGCUCCGGCGGUGGCGAGAAGCUCCGGCCCGGCGCUCUGCCCGAGCUUCGCGGAGGUCUGCUCGUUCCUGGAGCGAUACGGAGCGACGCUGGAUCUGCCCGAGAUGACCUUUCCGCAGAUGGAGAGGUAUCUGCGGGACACGACGACAGUCCCUAAACCCCUUGUGGAGCUCCAUGUGAAGCUGCUCAGAAAACUGGGCAGGUCUGUUACUACAGAGCGCUGGGAAAAAUACCUGGCUAAGGUUUGCCAGGAGUUGAACAGUACCUGGGCAUGGGAGCUGGAACAAAAGGGCUACCAGGACAUGUCAAUGGAGUGCAAGUCAAGCAUCCUCAAAUAUCUCUGCGAGUGUCAGUUUGAUGACAACCUGAAGUUCAAGAUGGCGAUCAAUGAGGAGGACCCGGAGAAGAUGCGCCUGCUGCCCGUAGGCCGGGACCGGCAGGGUCUGAUGUACUGGCUCCAGCUGGACCACGAGCAGAACAUCAGGCUGUACACGGAGGAGCAGGACGAUCUUGACGGAUCCACCUGGAAGUGCAUCGUCAGAACUCGUAACGACCUGUCUGAGGCUCUGGAGCUGUUGAAGGCUCAGAUUGAGCCAAACCAGAGUCAGGAGCGGGACCAGAACCAGGCUGAAACCAGGAGCGCCAGCCCCACGGAGAAAGAUAAAGUGGAUGAGGCCAUUGGAAGCAACAACCAAGACUCGUCCAAGACCACAGAGGAACACGCUGAGAGUAAGAAGGUUGAUCCUGGAGAGGAAGAAGAGAAACCCCUAAAAGAAGUGGUGAAGCAGGAGCAGAUCAAGCAGGAGAACUCAGAGGCCGAGGUGAAAGAAGAUAAGGCGGACCUCAAAACCCCGGUGUUCGAUAACCGCGUGAGCACGAUCACCACAAUCGUCAAAUCAGAAUCCAGGGACGCUGACGCCCCCAAAAACACUGUGUCGGUAGUCAUGGCGCCGGGCGCGACUGUGAUAAAACAGGAAGUGAACAAGGAAGAGGAAGCGGGGCGGGCAGUCGUCAGGAGCAACCAGCAGGCAAAGAUACCACUGAAGAAGAGGGAGCUUAAGCUUGCAGAGAGUUACCAGAGCAAACACAUUAACAACAACAAUAGCAGCAGCAGCAGCAGCAGCAGCAGCAGCAGCAGCAGCAGCAGCAGUAUUAUUGUGUGUAACCCUUCAGUUAUCCAGAGCAAGGACGCUCAUGGAAGAGAAGGGAAGUUACCUAAUUCAGUAGCACCCCCUGAUGGUUCGGCUGUGUCACAACAACAGCAGCAGCCCGUCGUCAGUGCGUCGAGGCAAGAACUGACAAAUGGGAGAGCAUCUGUCCUCCUGCCUCACAAAGAUGGACAGAAUGGAGUCAUAGGGGUCAUAGGUCAAGUUGGUGUUAUAGGUCACGUAGGGGUCAUCCGCAGCCCGUCUGAGCGCCUCCGGGCCCCUGGUGCUGAGCUGCAGGAACCAAACGGGGCAAGUUUAGACCCCUGGAGCUCCAGAGCUUUGGAGGAAGAGAGGGAGGGGAGCCGGCAGUCAGUGCUGGUGAGGAAGGGACCCGUUGAACGGGAGACGGCAGCGGCAGCAGCUGCAGGUCUUCCUCCUCACGUGGCGAAGGAGGCUCAAACAGCUGCAAAGCUGUUGAUGCCCUCAAAAUCUGAUCAACCCACUGAGGCCUCCUCCGAGAGAAAAGUGGAUGCUGUGAUUUCCUUGCUGUCUCCGGUCACAGAGGAACCCAAGAGGCAAAAGGCAGAAGACCUGGGCAAAGAAACCACUGAGGAACCAUUGGAGAAGGGGACAAAAACUGGACACGGCAGUUGUCAACAGAAGGAUGACGAUGAUGUGGAUGAGAAGGACGGAAAGACAAGAGAUGUGUCUGUGGCAGAAGAAGGCAGUCAGAAUGACCAAGAAAAAAAUAAAAGCACUUUAGGGAAAGUGCAAGUAGAGUCAACCGGCCCCGCUCCACCUCUAAAAGUAGACCAGAGAGAGGAAAAUGACCACCAGGGAGAGGGGGUCAAUGGUGAGCUGGGAGCCCAGGUCAGGGUGAAGGACACUGGGCUUAAAUCAGAGGUGAGGCAAUGUCCCUUGGAGGAAGCCUCCUCUGAGCUCCAAAAAGAGGGAAUCAGGCUGAAGAUAAAGAUUCCUCCCCACAGGAGAAACAAGUUAAAGGGGAAAGGAGGGAAAGAGGAGGAGAAAGAGAGGGAACAAGAUGCCCAAGAUGCCCAAGAGGAAGGGAGGACGCUGAGGAGAUCUGCUAGGAUUUGCAGGCCGAGCUCCAAGGUGGCAGAGAGCCAGAGAAAGAAACAGCAAAAGAAACAGGCACUGCCGUCCAGUACAAGGGAAGGAGAGGAAGAGGAGGACGAAGAAGAGGAUGAGGACGAAGAGGAGCAGAGCUCGACUACCAAGAAAGACAGAAAAGCAGAACCCGUCGGGCAAAUCAGGAAACAAAGGGGUAAACGGAGGCACCGUCGCGCUCGAUGGUCCAACAUUCGCUCGAAAAGACGUAAACUGAACGAGGGAGCGGAGCUGGAGGACAGAGGGAGGAAACGAGGAGAGGGGGAGGAUGAGGAGGAGAGCGAGGGAGGGAGCGACUCGGAAGACUCCUGUAAAUCAGAGGAGAUUCCCAGUGAGGAUGCCUGCUCCCAGUGUGGCCUGCCCAACCACCCUGAACUGAUUCUGCUGUGUGACUCUUGUGACAGUGGUUUCCACACUGCCUGCCUGCGGCCGCCACUCAUGUUGAUUCCUGAUGGAGAGUGGUUCUGUCCGCCCUGCCAACAUAAGCUGUUGUGUGAGAAACUGGAGGAGCAGCUGCAGAAUCUGGACAGUGCUCUCAAGAAAAGAGAGAGAGCGGAGAGAAGGAGGGAGCGGCUGGUGUAUGUGGGAAUCAGCGUGGAGAACAUUAUUCCUGAGGGAGAUGUGGAGGAGGAGGAGAAGACGGCAAAGAAGAAAGAUACAAAGAAGAGUAAAAAUCUGGGAAGGAGAUCGACCAGAACCAGGAAACACAUCAGCUACAGGUUCGAUGACUUUGACGACGCAAUUGAUGAGGCCAUAGAGGAGGACAUCAGAGAUCUCUGUGGUGGAACUGGGCAAGGCAAAGACGUCACUCCCGUCCUGCCAGAGGAUGGGAAGGAGAGCCAGCGGCCAAUAAGAAGCCAGGCUCAUUCCGCCAGGAGCAGGAAGAAGCGGCGGCUGAAUGACCUGGAGAGUGACAGCACGGCAGCAGAGAGUGAAGACGAGUUCAUGCUCAGCAACAGCUCAGAGGAUGAAGAUUGUGUUGCGACAGGAGCAGAUGAGGAGGAGGAGGAGGAAGAUGCCGGCAGUGACGUCGGCAGCUGGGACGGUGGGACUCGCCCCAAGCGGGCGAUGAAAGUGGUGCCCAAACACCGACCCAGCAAGACCCAACGCAGGGGCAGGAAACGACAGAGGCGGCGGCGGAGACGCUCUUCCGAGGAAGAGGAGGAAGAAACUGAGGAAGAAAUAGACUCGGAUCAGUACAGCGACAUGACUGACAGUGACGCUGACAAAAAGAGGCGGGGCCUGAGGCGCGGCCAGCGGCAGCAGGUCAACUACCGCGAGACGUCCGAGUCGUCGGACAACUCCCGGGCCUCCGCCGCCAACAAGAAGAAGGUCAGGCCGCGGGGCCGGCCGCGCAAGGAGCAUCUCUCCAGCGACUACAGUGAUGUGUCGCCUUCUUCCUCCAAAGACUCAGAGGAGGAAGACGAUUACGAAGAAGAAGAUGACCAAAGAAGGAGAGGGCACAAGAGGAGAAGAGAGGAGGAAGACCCCCGGAGAAACAGGAUGAGGGUAAAGGAGAGGAGACGCAGAGACGAGGAGGACGACGACCGAGAGAGAGGGAGGCGGCUGAAGCGGAAACUGUCGGAGAAGGAGGACGAGGACAAGCGGAGGAGAUUAAAGAGGACGAGCAGAGAAGAGGAGGACCUGGAGAAGAUGGGCAGAGGAAAGAGGAGAGAGAUACUGUCACAGCAGCGGCGCAAACGACUCGCUCAGAUGCUGAAGAAGCGGCGGCCUUCCACGGACGAGGACGACUCAGAGGAAUCGGAGGAAUCCGAGUCGUCAUCGGAAGAGGAUCGUCCAGUCCGCAAAAGACUCAACCGCAUCGACUCGGAUGAUGAUGAUGAUGAUGAAGAAGAAGAAGAAGACGACGACGACGAGGAGGAAGAGGAAGAGGGAAGACAGAAGGUGACGACCAAAAAGUCUUCAGCAGCCGAGAGGAGGGCCGACAGCGACGCUCAGGAAAAGGGAAGGGGCCGCAGCCUGUCUCCAUCAAACAGACAUCGGACCUCCAGAGGCCCGGCGAAGCCUGGGGAUGGGAGUCCUGCGGAGCCCAGGGACAGUGCAGGAUCCGACAGGCAGGACAGUCGCAACGGCCCCUUCCAUGCAGAAGAGGAGGAAAAUGAGGAGGGGGAGGAAAAUAAGAGGGAGGAUGAUGAGGAGGAGGAGGAGGAGGAGGAGGAGGGCCAGACAGACUCAUUAAACUCUGUCCAGAACAGUCCGCAGUCAUGAUGUUUGUGUGAAUAACGCUCGCUUCUUUCUUUCAGUUUUUUUAUUUUCUUUUUCAAAUGUCAGGCCUUUCACCCACAAACCACCUCUGGAACGGGAUCUCUCUCUCCUCCCCUUCGCUCUGCCCCUCUGUCUUGCUCCUCCUCACCGUUGUAUCGUGGUAGAGUGCUGUCCACCGUCACCUUACUGUAUAGUACCUCACGGUAGAAACUCACCAGUACGUUUUUACGCUCAUCGUCGCGUCGGGCAUGAACCGAAACAGCCAGCAAAGCCGGACCAAACGCGCCCUCGCAGCGGGACUGGCGGCACUUUGUGUUUAUCAGUGGACGCACUCGCCCACAAGCGGCAGGAGGUUGUCGUGACCAUUUCCCUGGACUCUGUUGAGUUUUCGGACGUCUCUCUGGCGGUUCCAGGUGACUGGACGAUGGCAGUUUUCAUCCCGUGUGGGAGUCUGUUGUGUGGUAUACGUCUUUCUAAAGCACUUCAUCAUUCUCAUAGCACUUAAGAACCCGCCACCAAGGAGAGGGCCAGUGUCAAACCGAACACUAUGGGUUAGCAUCUGCCCACGCAGCAGACAGUUUGGGUUUUCCUUGUCCAGGCGUUUGAGAUAUUUCUGCCUCAAUAACAGUGUUUUUCCACUGUUGCGGUGCUUUUCCUGAAAAUUUUUUACCCAGUUUCCUGAGUUUUAAUGCGCCUGCCACGAAUCUGCAACGUCUGCUGUUUGACCACUAGACAGACAGACGGCCUCUCUCUCUACACUGGCUGUUAAAACAGGCAAUAACAAAAACAAAAAAAGCCCCAAGAGGUUUUCAAAUCCCACAUUUUUGAGGGCGUGUGGAGGAAUAGAUCUGAGUCAGAUACUUCAACACCUGCGAUAGUGAAAUCAGAAAUAUCUGCAGGGUUAGAUACUGUUAGAGGCCAGUUGGUGGUUUGGUUGAAGACGCUUUCAUCCUGGUUAAGUAGCUGACAUCAAACCGCUGUAAUAAUCCAACCGUCUACUCCUCAUGAAGGCGUCACGCUGACCGUUGAAAGCAGUCAGGUCACUGUUCAGGAGCUGAAGGACUGGACUCAGGAGUGUGGUCACUCAGUAGAUGGUGCGUUCAAGUGCUUCUCGUCGUAAAGACUUUAGAUUGUUAAAAGUAAAGGAUGUACAACAGGAGAACAAAAGUACUGUGCUCAUGGUAAACGUUGGACCUGAGAGAAUUAGUCGGUUAAUUGAUAAUUCAAACCAGAAAAAUAAUCAGCAAAUAUUUUGAUAAUCCAUUAAGUAUUAAGAGUUGUUUUUUUCUUUCUUUUUUAAAGCGACAGUUAACUGAACAUUUUCAGGUUUUACGGUGUUGAUCGGACAAUAAUAAUAAUAAUUUGCUGACAUCCCUCUAGGAUUUAAGAAAUUUUCACAUUUAAAAAAAAAUAAUUUCCCCUUCAUUUUACAAGCUAAAAAAUUAUGCGAUUAGUCACAUUCAUAUGAUCAUCAAUCACAACGUGAUUAAUGAUUGUUGACGAGGAUCGGCUGAACGCAUGUUACAGAACUGACCUGUUCACUGUAGCCUUCAGCACUCGUGUCUUAUAAAUGUCAGCUUUAGAAACAUAUGGUCUUUAAAUGCAGACUUUGGAAGAUACACACACACACACACACACACACACCAGAACCACCCCGGAUCCAGAAUGGACCCGGGAUGGUUCCCGGCGACCGCCGCAGUGUUCGGUUUCAGACUGGCCCCUCGUCUGCUCAUAUGCUCACAAAGCCUUGGUCGGGUGGGAACACGUUUGCUGUACAUACUUUGCCUGUGCGCCGUUCCUUGUAAGAUAAUAGUUGUUCUGUUCUUAGUCCUCUUGUAAAAUAUAGUGUUAUAUUUUCUAUAUGAAGGAGAGGAGUGUGAGAUGCUGCUGUGGGUGGAUGGAUGUGUGCGGACCGAUGGGGUUUCCAAUCCAGCCACGAGUUCACCUGAGGUUUGGCUCGCUUGUGUCUUGUGGGACAUGAGACCAGUGUGGCGCCCGUUCACCGGUUAAAAGAAAGAAAAAAAAGUCACCUAAUUGUUCCACAGAGCAGAGCACCGCUCACUUUCAGCCCUGUGUUGUAACGUGUCCAGAGGUUUUAAACAUUUCUUACUCCCGGGAGUUUUUAAAAAAAAAAAGGAAAAAGGAACAAAGCUUUAUUUUUUAUUUUCUGAUUGAGGCUCAGGGGAGGAAGAUGAAUGCCGGUCACCAAUCGAUGACAACCUUUACCUUUUAUUUUCUCUACCAGUCGCCUGAAACUGUCGCAGUCCACUGCUACUGGGUUUUUAUCCUGGAUUCACCUGUAGUAUCUUUAAUCCCACUGUAGAGUCCGACGUUCCUGACGGCCUCGAAGACCUUUAUCUUCUCUCGGUCCGAACUCUGGGCCCGUGUCUAUCAAACAUCUACGAUUUAUGUUUUUUUUUUUUUAAAAAAGCUUGUCAAAUGUAUUGAGCAACGAGCUUCAACUCAACAGCAAAUUAUGUUCAAGAGAAAACUUUGGCAAGUGAUCACGUCAUUAAUCUCAUUAAUCAGUGCUCAGGGCAGAAAGAGACAUUUACAGAUUCACCCUUAAAAAAAACAUCAUGUAUUACUCAUAUUUGACUUUUUCUACAAAGAAAAAAUAGUUGUGUGGAAUCCAAUUAUCAACAGUGUAAUGUAAUUAUGAUAUAUACACACAUGAACAUGGAUUAGGAAAUUAGAAUCUCAACGUGUUAAAAGACUUAUGUAUCGUAUCAACAAGCUGAGGCAAGAAAGUGGACAAAUAAGAGUGUUUUAACAUUCCUGUUGAAAUGUUUGGAUAAAAUGCAAACAACAGAAUAAAACUCAAUUUCUUCAUCAUGACCAGUGAUUUUUAAAUGUGAAUCUAAUUUUCAUCUUUAACGUUCCUCUUACCUGCAAGACCCAUUUUUAAGUCCCGAGAACCUUGGGGAGGAAAGAGAAGCAGUUUCACUGUUCUGCUCUGAGUGGAAACGUUCACUUUUAAGCGGUUUGAUAAACACGAGCCCAGAUCAGAGUCGAGCUUUCACCUGACGUGUGGAGACGCAGAGUUUUAAAUGAGUCUCACUCCGGUUCCAAACGGAGAAGAGAAGCUCUCACCUGAGGCCCCCCCCCAAAUGUUUUUAUUUGCUUUCAAUCAAGUUAGAGACACAAUUAACUCUCCUGUGUCGUAUCAAAGAGGGAUUUCUCCUAAACUGAUUUUAAAGCUUCUAUGUGGUUUUAAGAAAACAAACUGUAAAAUUAACGGUUCAAGAUUUUCUUUUUUUACCCGAGGACAUCAGAAAUCAGGACGACGCCAAAACUUUUUAUAAAGUAUCAACCCAGAAGACGACUUUAGUUUUCUGUGCAGAAAUUAUGUCUGAUAGAAAACUUUUAGGUUCAGACUGAUCAAGUAAAAUUUUUAUUUUCAUAACCACAUUUAAUCUGUGGUUUCAAAAAAUAUAUAUUCUGUCACCUGGAGAAAAAAAAGAUCAUGGUCCGAAUCUAAUGACAAAUGUUCUUUGACUGUUUCCUUUAUAAUCGUUUUUAAAUAUUAUUGUGUAAUUAUUUUUUUUAAAGUCUGAUUAUGUUGUUGACAUUUAGUUGAAUAAAAAAAAAUCUAAUUCAAACUCAGAAAUGAUGAAAACCAGAUGAUAUUUGCUUUUAAACCAACUGAUUCUGUUUGUUGUUUGCCAAGUUGAUGAGGUUUGGUCCUCUGAUCUCUCGCACUCACUCACGUGGGUUUGACACUAAACGGACCCGACACAGUUUCAGUUCACCACCUGGAUACAUUUCUAAACGUUGUUUCAGGUACUUUCCUUGUUCAGGUUGGACUCCAUUUCAAGAAAAAAAAAUCAAAAAAAAAUAUAUCUUGUCUCGUUGGCUGUUUUAACUUCUCUUCUCAUGCUAUCAUCAAGAUCUGAUUGCAAAUAUAAAAUGUGUCUACAUGUGAAACAGUGAAUCCCUUCAAGGUCAGCAGUGAUUUCAUAUCCUUUAUAAACUCAUGUGGACUCUCAAAGCUCAUGGAAAUUAAGAUUUGCAAAACCAGUAUUUUUAUAAUGUUCCUUUUUUUUAAGCCCAAGCUUUGUUUCUUGUUAUGUGUUCUCAUCUUGGUGGAAUCAUGGUUUUGCCCCCUGUGGCAGAUUCUGUUGGUUUUAAAACUGUUCAGUAAAACUCAUCUGGAUUCCCUCGGAACAGGCACCACUGGAUGUGACUGCAGCUCCUUCCAUUUUCUCUGUUGUACUGUUACUGUAGUUUCGCUGUAACAUAAAUGUUUUCUAAGUUAUUAAAACCAACAUCCCAGGCAUCUCCUCAAACACACA